CUGGUUUCCACUGUGAUUGUUGAGAAGUGUGCGACCAGUUCAUUGCCACUCUUUUGUAGAGCCCAUGGACCACUGGACAGAAUGAAAAGCACCUUUCCAUUGCCUCCAUCUGUGAGGCUUGUAACUUCUAGAAAUCCCUCGUACCUUCCAACCUAAUGUCUUCCGUCAAGUUACGGUGAGUGGGGAGGGGAAUGUCAAUCUGCAGCCUCCGCAUUCACAUACACGGCGCCUAGUGGACACGUCGGUCCGAGGACGCCUAUGCGCCCCCCGAACGGAGGGGCUGGCGGAGGGAGGCUGGGGGUUGUACUGACGGUGCCGAGUCUCUGGGAUUGGGGGAGCGGCGAAUGUGGGGCACGGCCGCCAGCUAGUAGGCGAGACCCCUCCCACAGGUCCGGUGGCGACUCCGUCCCCCUGGUGUCCCACGAGGAACUGGAGAAUCCGAAGUUGGUCGGCCGAGGCGGGUUCGGCGCGGUGUUCCGGGCGCACCAUAGGUCGUGGGGGUCCGAUGUGGCUGUCAAGAUCGUGAACUCGAAGGAUAUAAACCGGGAGGUGAAGGCCAUGGCAGGCCUGCGUUCCAGAUACGUGCUGCUCCUUCUGGGGGUCACCGAGAACCUGGAGUGGGACGGCGAGUCCUGGCCGGGUUUGGUGACUGAAUUCAUGGAGAAUGGCUCCCUGGCGGGGCUGCUACAGCCCCAGUGCCCCCAGCCCUGGCCGCUGCGCUGCCGAGUGCUGCAGGAGGUGGUGUGCGGGAUGUGUUACCUGCACCAUGAAAAUCUCCUACACCGGGACCUCAAGCCCUCCAACGUUCUCCUGGACGACGAGCUGCACGUCAAGCUGGCAGAUUUUGGCCUGUCCACAUUUCAGGGAGGCUCAUGGUCAGGGGCGGGGUCCACGAAGCCAGGGGGCACCCUGGCCUACUUGGCCCCAGAACUGUUAGCUAAUGUAAACCGUAAGGCCUCCACAGCCAGUGAUGUCUACAGCUUCGGUAUGCUAAUGUGGGCAGUGCUAGCAGGAAGAGAAGCUGAGGUGGUGUCCCAGACAUCACUGGUGCAUCAAGGACUCUGUGAGGGGCAGAGCCAGUUUCUAUUGCCUCAGCUGCCCGAAUCCGGGCCUGAAACUCCUGGCUUAGAAGAACUGAAGGAAUUAACGCAGCACUGCUUGAGCUGUAAGCCCAAGGACAGGCCCUCCUUCCAGGAAUGCCAACUGAAAACCAAAAAAGUCUUCUGUCUAGUGAAGGACAAGAUAGAUGCCUCUGUCACCACGGUAAAGAAGUUUCUGUCUGAGCACAGGAGCAGCAGCAGGAGAUUAUCUGCCCCAGUAUCAGGCCAAAGAGGAACAGAAAUGGAUGGCCUUGAGGGAACCACAGGAAGCCAGUACUCUUACAAUGAUUUUGCGGUUUCUGAGAUGCUAAACAACCUGAAUCUGGAGGAGUACUCCAGCUCUGUUCCUGAAAAAUGCGCAAGCCUUACUGAGAGAAGCAGGGCACAGGGAGAGCAGAUUCAGCAUACUAGAAUGGCAGGGACAUCUGCAGAUUCAAUGGCCCAACCCGCCCGAACUCCACAGACCUCACCUUUCAGAAACCAGAUGCCCAACCCCACCUCGACUGGAACCUUAGGUCCUGGACCCCAAGGGAAUCAGGGAACUGAGAGACAUGAUAUGAACUGGUUCUCCAGGGCCCCGGGGCCAUAUCCAAUAGCAGGGCCACCGUCUUUUAACUUAGACCACUGCUCUGCGGUGCAGAUUGGAAACUACAACCGCUUGACUAUGCCACAGAGAACUACCUUGUCCAGUCAGGGCCUGGCACCUUCAGGUGUGGGUAGGGGUUGGCAGCACCCCCAACCCAUGGCUUCAAAAGAAGACCCCAAAGAACCUGAAGCCUGGAGUGGGCCACAGGGCCAGUAUAAUCAUAGUGGGAAUUAAAGCACCUUCGAAGCUGCCUCUAGAGGUUGAGGAAGAGCACCACGCCUUGUGGCCCCCAACUUCCUUCAAGGAAAGAAGCCUGCGCCCAAACUGACUGUCAUCUGCCCCCCAGAUCCAUAAAUGUGAG